ACAAAAAAAUAUCACGGAGGGAAAAAGAUUGGAACUUUACCAAGAAAAUGUAUGUUCUAUGGUCCUAGUUUUUAGCUAUGGUGGGUGUUUUGGGGAGCGGAAAUCGGUCUAACGAGGUCUAAAGCGAAGGUCUUGGACAGACACAGUACCUUACUUUACCAGUCUAAUAAUAUUAUUAAGAAAACUGACACAUCACGUGAUUCUACUGUCUUUCUCCUUCGUCCUCGUUAUAUCAUUUGUUCUAAAUCCACGCGCCCUUUUCUCUCUCUCUGCUCUCUCUCUCUGCUCUCUAUUUCUCUCUGAUCAAAUUGUUCUUCUGUAACGUCUAUUCGUGUGUGCUUUGCUGCUUUUCCUUCUUCAAGUUCCAUUUUUCUGGUUCUCCUCUCUUGCUUGCAGAUCUGCCUCUGCGGGGAAAGAAAAUGGGGAUCGUUUCCAGGAAGAUUUUCCCAGCAUGCGGGAGCAUGUGUGUGUGCUGCCCUGCUUUGAGGUCUAGAUCUCGCCAACCCGUGAAGCGUUACAAGAAAUUGCUUGCGGAGAUCUUUCCCAAAUCCCUUGAUGGUCCCCUAAAUGAGAGAAAAAUUGUCAAAUUGUGUGAAUAUGCUGCAAAAAACCCAUUUCGUAUACCAAAGAUUGCAAAAUUUCUCGAAGAGAGAUGCUGCAAAGAACUUCGAGCCGACCACAUCAAGUUCAUCACUAUCAUCACAGAGGCUUAUAAUAAAAUGCUCUGCUUGUGUAAAGAGCAAAUAGCAUAUUUUGCUGUAAGUCUGCUGAAUAUCGUUAGUGAACUGCUGGACAACUCUAAGCAAGAUGCUACGAGGAUGCUUGGAUGCCAAACCUUGACAAGGUUCAUUUAUAGUCAGACAGAUGGCACUUACACGCACAACAUAGAAAAGUUUGUUGAGAAAGUCUGUAAGCUGGCACAAGAGAUUGGCGAAGAACAACAAAAGCAAUGUUUGAGGGCAUCAAGCUUGGAGUGCCUUUCGGCCAUGGUAUGGUUCAUGACGGAGUUUUCCUAUAUCUUUGCUGCUUUUGAUGAGAUAGUACAUGCCACGUUAGACAACUACGAGCCAGACACAAGUAAUGAAAACGAUGAUGAGAGAGGUGAGUCACAUCACAAUUGGGUUGAUGAAGUGGUUAGAUGUGAAGGCAGAGGUGGGCCUGGUGGUAGUGAGUCCAGUCCUAGCUGCUUGAUGAUCAGGCCUCGGCCUGAAAGAAAAGAUCCUUCGCUUCUGACAAGAGAAGAGAGAGAAAAACCUAAAGUAUGGGCUCAAAUUUGCGUUCAGAGAAUGGUGGAACUGGCUAAAGAGAGUACAACAGUGCGUCGUGUGUUGGAUCCUAUGUUUACCUAUUUUGAUUCUAAAAGGCACUGGGUUCUGAGGCAGGGCCUGGCUAAUAUUGUUUUGUCUGAUAUGUCAUACUUGAUGGAGAAUUCAGGGAAUCAGCAAUUGGUUUUAUCUGCUGUGAUACGUCAUCUAGACCACAAGAAUGUCACUCAUGAUUCCCAAAUGAAAUCUCAUGUAAUACAAGUUGCUGCUGUUCUAGCACGGCAGAUUAAAUCAGGAGCAGCGCAAUCAGAAAUUGGUUUUGUUAGUGAUCUGUGCAGGCAUUUGAGAAAAAGCUUUCAGGCCACAGCUGAGUCAGUUGGAGAGCAAGAGAUGAACUUGAAUGUCACACUGCAAAAUUCUAUCGAAGAUUGCUUACUUGAGAUAGCAAAAAGGAUUGGGGAUGCACGGCCGUUAUACGACAUGAUGGCAAUCACAUUGGAGAAGCUACCAUCUUCAGGAAUUGUUGCCCGGGCAGCCAUCGGAUCAUUGUUGGUGCUUGCUCAUAUGAUUUCUUUAGCAUCCUUGUCCUCACAAUCCCAGCAGGUUUUUCCAGAAUCACUUCUUGUCCAACUUUUGAAGGUCAUGCUGCAUCCAAACAUCGAGGCACGUGUAGGAGCACACCAGAUCUUUUCAGUUCUUCUUGUUCCAAGAUUUAAUCAUUCUCGAUGUGAAGUUGCAUCUGUACGAUCUGGUUAUCUCUAUGAACAACGGAAAGGGCGUUCAGAUACUGUAUCAGCAUUUGCUUCUAUUACAGCUCUACUUGAAAAGCUCCAGAGAGAAAAGGAUGGUCCAAAAAAGGAUAAGAAUGGGUAUAAUGUUCAUGAUGAUUUUAAAGGAUGGGACAUUGCAGAGGAAGACUGGAGACAGGGGCGUGCUCGCAAAAGUUCCCCUAACUUUUACAAGUUAAGCUCUAUUAUUGACAGGACUACUGGCCAAUCAAGCAUCGCUGAUGUGGAACCAUAUAUUAUGAAGCUCACUGAAGAUCAGAUUGCACAGUUGCUAUCUGCCUUCUGGAUACAAGCCACUCUUCCUGAUAAUUUACCUUCAAAUUUUGAAGCUAUUGCUCAUUCUUUUGGGUUAACACUUGCUUCUUUACAUUUAAAGAAUCCAAAUGAUAAUCUCGUGGUUCAGUUCUUUCAGCUUCUCUUGUCCCUCAGGAACUUAAGUUUGGAUCCUCACAAUGGGAUGCUGCCUCCUGCAUGCAAGAGAUCUAUUUUCGUUCUAUCAAUGGGCAUGUUGAUGUUUGCCGCUAAUACAUAUCACUUUCCCGAUGUUGAUCCUUUUCUGGGCAUUACAGAUGACUUUCAAGUCUAUCUGAGACAUCAUGCGGACGUGAGAGAGUUUGGAUCUCUUAGCGAUAAUCAGAUGGCUACAUCAAUACUCUUUGAGUUAAGGAACAAAGUACAUGAAUCUGACAAGCUCAUAGUUGAUAUCUUUGUUCGACAUUUGUCUGCCAUCACCGAGAUGGAGGAUGAUGAUGUGCGGAGGCAACUGUCUGAACCAUUCACACCCGAUGAUGCAUUUAUUUUUGGUCCACGGCCACUUCUUGACUUGGACCAGAAUCAAAUGAUUUCCCAUUCGAAGGAGUCACUCUCCUUCGACGAGGAUGUUCCAACGAGUACAUAUGUCGAAGAUGAUGCAACUAGUGAAGUGUCUGUUGCUGACAUCUCCCGCUUCAUUCCUAGAAUGCCUCCUUCACCUUCUAUCUCUCAUGUUAUCAGCAUUGGGCAGCUUUUGGAAUCGGCACUAGAAGUUGCAGGUCAAGUAGCAGGAACAACUGUCUCUACAUCACCACUCCCUUACAACACCAUGGCUAGGCAUUGUGAAACAUUUGGAACAGGCACAAGGAAGAAGCUGUCAAAUUGGUUGGCCCACGAAAACCAUCAAACUAGAGGUUCUGGCAAAUCUCUCCCGACUUUUUUCCCUGAUGAUGCGCGCUUAGCACUUAGGAAGAUAGCAAUGGAUAGCGGGCUUGUUGGAGGCAUUGAGUUGCCAGGUCAAGACCCAUGCUUGGCAAUGAGACUGCCUCCAGCCAGCCCUUUCGACAACUUCCUUAAAGCUGCCGGGUGUUGAAAAGGAAGAGAAGCCAGGAAUUGGAUCGUUGUGUAUGGUGUGUUUGAAGUGUUGUAAAGUGUUAGCUAAAGGGAUUAGCAGGUUAAGUAAGAGUUUAAGGCAUCUUUUGACUUGAAGUGUAGUAGUGUGAACUAUCUACCAAAACAGUGUGUAGGAGGUUGCUUUCUAGUUUAGCCAUUGUAGUAGCAGUGCGUAUGCUGCAAAUCCCCCCGUUGUGGUAAAUUAUUAGAUGGGAAUUUCAUGUCCUAUUAAUCUGAAUUAACUUAAAGUAGCACAUA